AUGAAUCCCGCUCUCUCCAAGUUUAUGCUCAAAAGUACACCCAAAAGUAUCCUCAACCCACAGCCCGAAAUGAACACUGCUAUCCCCCUCAACACUGGCGCGACCAUCCCCGCUCUGGGACUCGGAACGUGGCAGUCUGCGCCUGGCGAGGUCAAGAAGGCCGUUGUCCACGCUAUCGAGGGUGGUUACAGACACAUUGACUGUGCCUUCUGCUACCAGAAUGAAGACGAGGUCGGCGAGGCGCUUCAGGAUGUCAUCUCGCGAGGAAUUGUGAAGAGGGAGGACCUGUUCAUUACCAGCAAGCUCUGGUGCACAUUCCACACCCGUGCUGAGGAGGGCAACCACCCCCUCUUCCCCAAGCACGAGGACGGUUCAAGAGACAUUGACACCUCAAUCACCCACCAAGACACAUGGAAGAACCUCGAGAACCUGAUCAAGUCGCAUCCCGAUAAGGUCAAGGCCAUUGGUGUCUCCAACUACUCUGUCAAGUACAUGGAGAAGCUUUUGGCCAAGGCCACCAUCGUCCCCGCUGUCAACCAGAUCGAGAACCACCCACUGUGCCCACAACAAGAAGUUGUUGACUUCUGCAAGGAGAAGGGCAUCCACAUCACAGCCUACAGUCCGCUAGGAAGCACUGGCUCGCCUCUCUUCAAGGACGAGGUCGUCAACGAGGUCGCAAAGAAGCACAGCGUCACCCCCGCCGUCAUUCUCUUGAGCUACCACCUCGCCCGCAACUCCUCCGUCCUCGCAAAGUCGGUCACUCCAUCCCGCAUCGACGAGAACAAGAAGCUCAUCUCCCUCGAUAGCGAGGACAUGGAGAAGCUGGAGAAGAUUCACAAAGAGAAGGGCAUCACCCGCUGCGUAUACCCGCCGUUUGGUGUCAAUGCUGGAUUCCCGGAUAAGCCUGAGGGCAUGGAUCUCAGCGGACCUUGA